GUAGUGUGAAGCCUUCAGUUCAGGCAGUCUAGUGGUGCAGCUCAGGGGGUGUGUUCUACACGACGCUCUCUCUUCUUACAGUUUAGAAGUGAAAAAAUAAGAUCCAAUGAAGCUCAUGAGUGCCGUGGCACUGCUUGUGGUAGCAUUCGCUGCCCUUGCGACAGCCCAAAGACAACUUAUUCGUCCUGAGGCCGAGGCCUGCGCCAACCGCCUCAAGCAUGCGUCGACUUUCCGUAACGGCCACUACUACUUCUUCUCCUGGACCCAUGGGCCCACCCGUGACCAUGAGAGGGACUGGCUUGAUGCCCGCAACAUUUGCAGGAAACAUUGUCAGGAUCUGGUGAGCCUCGAGACCCAAGAUGAGGCUAACUUCGUCUACGAGCAGAUCAGACUUGGCAACGUAAAGUACAUCUGGACCUCAGGGCGCAAGUGCAACUUCGACGGCUGCGAUCGCCCUGACUUGCAGCCUCCCAUCGUGAACGGUUGGUUCUGGUCUGGCUCCAGCGCCCGUAUCCCAGCUACCAACUCCACUUUCGGAUGGCGCGGGGACUGGUCCCACUCAGGAGGCGGUGGUGCUCCCCAGCCCGACAACCGCGAGUUCUCUGAAACCCGCACCGAUGAGGCUUGCAUUGCCAUCCUCAACAACUUCUACAACGACGGCAUCAAGUGGCAUGACGUUGCUUGCCAUCAUGUCAAGCCUUGGGUGUGCGAAGACUCUGAGGAACUUCUCACUUUCGCUCGUUUCAACUUCCCGCAAGCGAACAUCCAGUAACGCCGUUCCCUUCACUGUUUUUGUUUCGACGACUUUGGCGGAUUAUUGUUUAUGUCCGAAGCCUUAGCGAAAAUGUCGCCCUCAUAACCUAGGGCAUUUGAAGUCUAACGGUAGUUAUAAUGUAGAACUAAAUCUUGAUCACAGUUCAAACUUAGAACCAUCCUAGAGUUUAAUCACCGCGCAUAAAAUUGCAUUUAUUACUUCAUUCAUUCGAAGUUUACAUAUUCUGAUCCCAAUCUUAUCGAUGUUAAUUGAUAUAAUUUAUGUUCGCAUGUUGUUACUUACCUUCAUAUUUAUUUGUCCAUGCAUAAAAACUUUGUUGUAAAUAGCCGUUUCACGAGCUGUUUGCAUAAUCUGUAAACGUGCGCAAUAGAUAUUAUAAGUGGAAUUUAUAAA